AGCCAUCUCUCGUUUCUGGGCUCCGGGUAAAAUCCUUCCCAUUGGUUAAAGUUCGUAAAAGGGCGCUGGCUCGACCCUUGAAGGACAAUCACAGUCAUAGAGAAGAGACACUCUUCUUCCAGUAUUUCUAAUAAAGUAUUGUAUAAACAACUGCAUAGCUUUUUUUUUACUUGAAACGUGAGAUAUUACCGGGAUACUACCAGAGCUAAUAUCGAGAUACUGAUAAUGUGUUAUUACAACAUGGUGACAAGUUUAUAACUGUUGGCCCUUCAAGGGUUUUUAGUGCUACGGUUCUGACGUCCCCUUCGCGGCCAUAUUAUCGUCGCCAUAUCGGCCCAAUAUCUCCAUCGCCAUCGCGCAAUAAAACAGCAGCCCGUCUGCAGGCUGAUAGAUUUGUGGGUUGAUUACAGAGCGGACGAGAAACUUCGAUCACGCCAUGCCAGCUUUCUCUUUGUUAUUUCAUAAUUGGUAAAUUAUGAAGACGCACAGCCUUUUAAACAACACAGGGCUCACACCUAACCGGAAGUGAUAUUUCCUGGCAGACGUGAAACGGUGUUAUUGUAACCUUACAAAAAAAAAAUAAUAUCCUAGAAAAUAAAAGCAGCAUGAAAGAAAAAAAAAAGAAAGCUCUAAGGCCUAAUAGAUUUGAAAUAUCGGUGUUAGGGUAAAAACUAGUCUAUUGAACUGGUCUACAUACCACACGUUUAGUUGUGACAGAAAGCGUUGUGUACGAUUAAGAUACAAGCAAGGAUCAGGGUGUUUUCAAAUGGAAAGGCAAUCAAUUAAUCGAUAAGACUUUGUUUUAAUGUUUUUAUUGAUAACACUAGGCACACUAUCUACUAAAUGGAAGAAAAAUAUUUAGUUUUUCUAAGAAAGCUUGAGACUUGGGAUUAAAAAACAACACAACAGUGAUUGAGUGAAUUUGAGAAACCAACAAAUUGUUAUAUAUUGAGGAUUUUUUUCUUCUGUUGAUUUAAAACUUUGUAGUCUUCAUCCGUGAUUGUGUCUCUCAAUUGAAUUGUUCGUGUCGUCAUUAACCCUUUAAACUCAGAUGACUGUUGACACGUAUUGGGUCAAGUGUUGGUCUUUGACUUAGUCGCUGAAGUGCUUUAGGUCAACGAACAAUGUUGAUAUUUGGGUCAUUCAGAGGUCAACGACUGACCCUUCAAGUUUCGGCCGGGAUGACAGUGGCGGAGUUGAAAGAGAACAUCAAGCAGCUGUUAGGAAUUUCUAAAGAUUUUUACAGGCAAGAUAAGAAAGUCUUGGCACUGACCUAUGCAGGAGCCGAUCUCCAAGAUGCCUUAGUGUUUACUGACUUGGGUAUUUUACCAGGGACAAACAUCCAAAUUAAAUUGAAGGAAGAAGUCAAACCAGUCUUGUCUAUCCACUGUUCACACAACCAACAGACCAUCAACGUCUUUGAAACAAUUUAUAUCUCACGUAUGAAACUUGACCAGGUACGUAGCAUUGCCUCCAUGAAGACGGGCUUGCCCAUUGGCAUCUUCAGACUAGUCACCCAAGAUGGACGGGAGAUGUUUGAUGGCAACCGUCUGGACGACUACGGGGUGGACAUUGGUCACACCAUAAUGCUAGAGAACUGGGAUGGUUGGAACGAGUAUCUGAACUUGGCUAUCAUGGGUUUCACUCCACAGGUAAUAGCACAGCUGGCCGGAGACGAGGCGCUGGUCAGGUAUCAGAUGAGGGUGGCCUUGUUCAUAGCCGCCCACUUUGGCCACGUAGACCUAGCUCGUUACUUGCUGAAGCUAGGGUGCAGAUCAGACGAGGCCACUGGCUAUCACCCGUCACGUGCUUGGUGCCAGGAGGAUGGACACAAAGACAGCCGGAAGUGUCCAGUACACGAAGCUACUCUGUGCGGUCAACUCGCGGUGCUCAAAUUAUUUGUCUACCACGACAUCACGUGCCUUAAGGCCAAAGAUGGCGAGGGCCUUGAACCCAUCAACCUCGCCCUCCGAAACAAGAUCAAACAUUGCGCCUCGUUCCUGGUGUCCAAGCAGUGGUCCAAAAUUAACAUCACGAAAACGUUCGCUGUUCGCUUAGGAACAUACGCCCUGCUGAAAGCAUGGUGCCAGCGGGCCAAAGAGCGCGCCCUCCUGAAAUACGGCGUGGCCAAAUCCUCCCUCAAACGACGAACAUUUUACAACGGCGCUUUGGUGAACCACGGGGUACUCGUCGACGGAUUCUCGAAAAGCCCCAUGAACGGCAGAACCAAAGCGGCCCUUCAGAAAGAAGAGAAAACGGCUAAAGAGGAGCAACGCCGGCAAAAGAACUUCCUGAGUGAAGAAGACUUGACCACAUUAUGCAAAGAGGACCCAGAGAACUACUUCAGGACUUUGAUAGCACUACACAACAUGAAGACACAGCAGAAGGGACACGUCAAGUUCCCGCCAAGGCUGAGCAAAUUAUUUCCCAUGCCAAGAUCGGAAUUUUCCGAUGUUGCUAAUGAACAAGGGGAUUUAAAAACAAAUUCAAGUAGACUUUAUUACAACAAUUCUAUUUCUGACACCAACAAACCGAAAGUAUAUCUAACCAAGUCUGAAGUGGGCAAGCUGCCACCAAUCUCUUCACGACUUUUCAACGCAAAUGAUCAAGACCUCAAGCCCGAAGGGGACAUCUCUAAGUCCAAAGCAGGAAUGAUCAGAUUAAUCAACAACUCCAAAGGGGCAUAUUUUCAAUCAUCUUCAACAGCGAGCUCAAACAAGUUAACUCUCCAAGAGCAAAAUAAGCAGACGACAGAAGCCAAGGGGGCCAUGUAUUUAUACGCCGGAGCGGACAAACAUCGUAAAAGCCUUACGGCUCCUUCCGUAACUUCCGGUGUAUCAUUCGGUGAUGAUUCUGAAGAAGAUUCUAAAACCCGCAGGAGCCGAUUCAAGAAAAAGAAAGAGAGAUUGUCGGACGCCAUGUUGCUGUCCAAAGCUAAGUCCAGCGAGGGCGGGCUUCCACUUCCACUGGUGAGUAACGAGCAGGCUCGGCGGCCAUUUUUCUAUCACCAUGGCCAGAGAGAGGAUGAACUGGUGGAGUCAACCCUAGGGCUGGUCUCCAAGUACAUAGGCGACACCAGCCGAGAAAGAGCCAUCAAAUCUCUGACGCUAGCCAAAACCUUUACUGGCAAGCCCUGGCUGGGCCAGGUCAGAGUGGCCCUGAAUCUAACUAACAAUAAUCUCAGAAGGACCAUGCCGAUAGAGAAAGGCUCUCCAAAAACAAAUGUAGUAGUAAAUUGAAUACAAAAAGCUGAAAGCUUUCCUUCAUUACGAAACUGCGAACUGGGCGCCACAGCAAUAAGAUCGCCUUAAUUACGUUGUAGUUAUACAGAAAUAGAACUAUUUUGUCCACUCGCAUUGUUUAUAUUCAUUCACGUAUGUAGCCUACUCAGAAAGAAGAAACUAAAGCCGAUCUAUCCAUUGAUAUAUUCCUGAUUCAUUGCAGUAAUAAACUAUGAUUUACAUUUGAUCUAUUCAAACUAUUUUGAUGCAUUUAAAUUAUAAGUGAAUAAAUUCGCAUUGUAUAAAAAUGUCGAUAGGCGUC